AUGCAUGGUCGCAGCAACUCUGACUGGACUGCUUUGUGGGGUCCGAUUGCUCAGGCGGUAGCAGAUGGCAAGAGCCACCUCCAAGUCCCCGUUGCGCCAACGUCACAAUCGCCAGUCAUUCAUGUCGACGACGUGGCGUCGGCCGUGCGCUGUGGACUGGGCAAGAUCUCCCUGCUAGGAGGUACGUCUGUGUAUCCUGUCUUCGACCUAGUCUCGACAACCGAGAACAUCCGCGACAUCCUCUCGGCGUUUGCGCGGGCAUUGAGCUCGAUGAAAGGGCAGGGCGGUAAACUGGAAUUGGAGCUUGUUGGACCGGGGGAUCACCUUUUUCUACAACCACUGGGUGCAACUGUUCAAUGUGACAGUGCCAGAGCGCGAGAAUUGCUUGGUUGGGAACCAAAGAGGAACGGCCUCGUCAAGGAAAUGGGCAUCUAUGCAAAGGCAUGGGAAGCGAGUCAGGGAAAAGUGUGUGAGGACCAUGGUGGCCCCGUGGGCCGGACAAAUGAAGAGCGACUGGGAUGA